AUGGUCCUCAAGGCAUGCGAUCGGUGCCACUCCGCCAAAGAAAAAUGCACCUUCGCCGGCGAUAGCCCGCAAUGCACCCGAUGUCGUCGGCUCAAGCUCUCCUGCUCUAUAUCUCGUCGCAACCGCCGCAUCGGGCGACGACCCGCGGCAAAGGCCUUCCCACAUGGCCAGAUGCAGGUCUGGAGUGCCGAGCCCCAAAAACACCAAGACGAGUCCGGGUCCCGCGACGCCCGCGGCAAUCCCAGCACCACUCCCAGCAGAAGCACCAAGGCACGAUAUCCCUCUGAAGCCUCGGAAGUAGUACGGACGCUCGAUCGCGACCUGUCGCUGGCCAUGGGCCCUGAAAAAUUACUCGCGUCCCCGACCAGUCUGCGCACAACGGGAGAUGCAUUCCGCACCGUGCUGGAUAUCGAGAAGUUUUCCGUCAUCCAUAUGCCCUUCAUGUGGGGACCUAGCUUUAUCCCGGUUGCUCAAAAGACCGUCUAUGGAAUUCUCGCCUUGUCGGCGCCGACCCUGACCGAGGGGUAUCUCGCCUUUCUGGGGCUGAUGACACGCUAUCAGAGAUCGCUGGUGAUGCGACAAGAUGAGCCCGACAUGUCCAAGGCGGCCAUGGGCCUGCAACGCUUGCGAAGUGUCAAGAUAGCUCACGAUUACGAUGCGGCCUGCGCUCUCUUCCUGGGGCAGACCAUGUAUGUCUUCAACGUACUCACCGCGCCAUUUUCCUCCUCUGCCCACUCCAUUGUGCGGAGUUCGCUCAUGUCCACCAAGCAGUGGAUGCCCCGAUUAAUCCGCAUCCCCAUCAUGGACACAAUAACCAUGACUCCGAUCCUGAUCGACACCAUCGAGUGCCUGGCGCACCGCGAAAUUCCCAUUGUGCGCCUGUCCGACACCGGCCGCAUCAUCAUCGACCGAUAUGCUGGUCUGUGCGCGACCCUCCUCCCUCACCUCUAUGAUAUCUGUACCUGGAGCCACGCCCAGAAGCGUGAGGUGCGCGAUACAGCAUCAGAAUCGCCCUCGCAUAUUUAUGAGCGGCUGGCCGAUAUCGAGCAACAAAUUCAGCGCUGGGCACCUCCAUCACCACCCCAAUUAUAUACCGAUUUCACCCAGCACGAGGUCCUCGCCAUGGUAACCCAAGCCAGUGUUUAUAGACUCGCGGCCCUAUUAGUUAUACAUCGCCUCCGAUACCCACUGGGCAUCGAAGAUGAACCCGCGCGUUUUCUGGCCAGCGGCAUCUUUUCCGAAUUGUCAUAUUUUGUCAAAUCGGAUGCCACCAAAUCGACAGCAUUGCCGGUGGUGUUCCCCUUGACCCUGGCCAUGUUCGAGAUCGAAGGGCCUGGGGAGGAAUUGUGGGAACAAUUAGCGGCCUUCACCGUACAGAAUAUGAGUGCUGUACGGCUCCAGGGAUUCGUCAAGCAGGUCCGGGCCGCGCGGGAUUCCGGGUAUGGGGGCCUCUGGUUUGAACUGGUCGACAGUCAACUGCAUGUGGCCAUGCCUCCUUAA